CUGGUGACGUUGACAGCUACAGCCGCCAAACGCAGUAUUGCAGCAGCAACGUUGGAAGUUUAACAAUUUAGAUACAAGCCAGCUACGGUGUUAGUGAGGUUGUUUGUAGAACAGGACUACUUGGAACAAAUCAAAAUGCCGUCUGCCCCGGCAAGUGCUACUUCAGUUGGUGCUGGAGGCCGUUCACCAAACUCCGGUGGCUCAGGCCCAAGAGCCGGAUCGGGAAGCACUGUUAGACAAAGGAAAACCACUAGCAGCAGCACUACUACAGCUACCCGUUCACGUGCAGGAGGCACCAGCUCUGGUGGCAUGUGGAAAUUCUACACUGAUGACUCUCCCGGAGUAAAAGUGGGACCUGUUCCUGUUCUGGUCAUGUCACUCCUUUUCAUUGCUUCUGUUUUCUUGUUGCAUAUUUGGGGUAAAUAUACCCGAUCUUAAGACUGUUUAAAGGACCCGUGAAGAGUUCUAACUGGCUGGUCACCAUUCCACUGUUGAUUCUCUGUCUGGGUUGAGAAUACAAAUUUAUUUCCCAUAUAA